AUGGGUCUAAUCCAAGGCUACAUAGGCUAUGCAACUUCAUCCAAUUGCCCUCUCCCUCCCUCCGCGCCCUCAUGCGCUCCCCCAGCGCCUCCUCCCCCGCCGCCUUCGCCGGCUGACCCGCCGGCCGACAAGCAGACCUCGGUCAUCAACAGUCUCUUCCAGCCAUUUCUGCUGCCGAUCACCGCGAAGCAGUUUAUUAGUCGGUCGGGCAAGAAAUUCCCGCUGAAAAAGAAGCCGAGAAUCACGAAGCCGCUCGGGAAAGACAUCCUUAUCAUGGAUGUGGAGACUCGGCCACUGGACGACGCCGGCAAGGUCCUCAACCGCCACCUCCCUGAUAUCGAAGAGGUUCCGUAUGACACGAUGGGCCGGCUUGAUCACUAUAUGUACGCCCGCAUCCACGGGUACGAUUAUAAGCUGAUGCAGCUGAUCGAGGGCGACCUGAAAGCGCAAUGGGCGAAAGUCAUCGCCAUGGACAAGGCCCUUCGCGACUACAAAGUCGUCGUCUUCAUCGACGCCGACGCCCUCUGGUCCUACCCACACGUCCCCGUCGAAUGGCUGAUGAACCACUGGGGCAUGACCGACGAGACGGUGAUCGCGCUGCCAGACGACGUAUCCGGCGGCUGGGAAGACGUGUACGGAAACCGCGGCAUGAACACCGGGUUCUGCAUCACGCAGCAGGCACCCAGCACGCGCGACCUCUUCGAGCGGUGGAUUACAUGCCCGGACGAGACGCGGUACCCGGAAUGCUCCAAGUACAAGGAAGAUGGCCUCAAGGAGCAGUCGGCCUUCAUUGACUUUAUCCGCCAUGACUACAACGGCUCGGAGAUCGUUACCAUCCCCUGCACCGAGGCCAUGGGGUACCCCGGCCAGAAAGAGGGCGAUGGCGAAUGCACCGGUGAUUUUGUGCAGCACUUUACCACGUGGAAGGAUGGGGUGGGCACCGCCGUGCAGCAUUCGGUCAUGCAGUAUUUCAUGGAGCGUGUGCAUAAGCAGUUCCAUGGUGAGUUCAAUGAUAUUGUUGUUGAUGAGCUUCACUCCCAGCCCAAGACUUAUUCUGAGACGCCGUAUUCGUGA